AGGAGAGCUUUCAUCUUGAUAUAGGGAACUUUUGCCCAGUGAGAACAACUGCAAAAACCAUUCUUCAGGGAGUUCCCACUGCAGGUUUUCAAGAUGUGUUGGACAGGAUGUUAGAUUAUCUCAUCAUGGUUGCCUUUACUAUGAAAGGUUGGACCAGAUGAUCUUUCAGCGCCCUUCUACCUGGUGCUGUUCUAUGGCUCUGUGAUUCUAUAAAGGUGUGUGCUGCUAUAUUACACAGACUUCAGGAAAACAAAACCUGGUCAGGAACAGAGAAUUCCAAUAGCACUGUUUUCCAUACUAUUUAUAAUAAAAGUGUUAAUUAUGCAUGCUUUGAAAAACUUUUUACAUGAAGGAAGGUUGUAGCCCAUUGGGGGCAUGUCUCUUCUCCCAGACAAGGGACAGGAUGAGAAGACUUAGUCUUAAACUGCACCAGAACUUGUUGUUGUCAUUGUUUCACAGAAAUGGUGAUUAGACAUUGCAAUGGACUGCCCAGGGAGAUGGUGGAGUCACCGUCCCUGAAGGUGUUUAAAGAAAGGCCAUGCAUGGCACUUAGUGCCAUGGUCUAGUUUACAUCGUGUUCAGUCAUAGGUUGAACUCAGUGAUCUCAAGUCUUUUCCAACCGAAUUGAUUCUGUGAUUCUGUAAUAGUAAAAUAAUGAUGAUGGAAUUUAGUUGUCUCCCUUUCCACUGUGUCACAUUCUUACAUAGCCCAGGCCCGUGUAGCUGCGGACUUCUCAAUGAGAUUGUCACUCAGCACCUUUAUCCCGAGGCGCGGAGUUCCCGCACCGCAGCAUCCCGAGCCGGCAGGGUCACCCGAGGCAGUCUGUAAGUUUAAACCACCGCCACACCGGGCUCUCGCCCUGACAUCCCCGCAUUGUCCCCCGCCAUCGGUGCCGCCGCCGCGGGGCCGACGGCGGCGGAGAACCGUCCGCCGGGGCCGGGCGCUGUCCGCGGCGACGCCGUGUCACCUCCCCGCCCACCGUGUGACGAGCGCUGCCGGGUCACGCCCGGCCAAUGGCUCCCGCAGCUCCGCGAGCGUCACCGGCAGGGCGCGCGCCCCGCGGCAGAGGCGGAGCGCUGCCGGCAGUCCCGCGUCCCGCGGCCACGCGCGCGCUGCUCCUCCGCUCUAUGGUCACCGUAGAGAUCCACGGCGGUGGCGGAUCAAUACUGGGACGGCGGCGGCCGUGGCGCCGUGGGGAACAUGGCGACGCUGGUGCUGGAUAACGGCGCCUACAACGCCAAGAUCGGCUACAGCCACGCAAACGUCAGCGUUAUUCCCAACUGUCAGUUCAGGUCAAAGACUGCACGCUUGAAAACCUUUACGGCAAAUCAGCUGGAUGAAAUUAAGGAUCCCUCUGGUCUUUUUUAUAUUCUUCCCUUUCAGAAAGGUUACUUGGUGAACUGGGAUGUUCAGAGACAAGUUUGGGAUUAUCUCUUUGGAAAAGAAAUGUAUCAAGUGGAUUUUGUAGAUACCAAUAUUAUUAUUACCGAACCUUAUUUUAACUUCACUUCCAUACAAGAAUCUAUGAAUGAAAUUCUAUUUGAAGAAUAUCAGUUUCAAGCAGUUCUUAGAGUAAAUGCUGGAGCUCUUAGUGCACACAGGUAUUUCCGGGAUAAUCCAUCUGAGCUGUGUUGUAUCAUCGUGGAUAGCGGGUACUCUUUCACCCACAUUGUACCUUAUUGCAGAAGUAAAAAGAAGAAAGAGGCAAUCAUCAGGAUUAAUGUUGGAGGGAAACUCUUAACCAACCAUCUAAAGGAGAUCAUCUCUUACAGGCAGCUACAUGUUAUGGAUGAAACACAUGUAAUUAAUCAAGUGAAGGAAGAUGUGUGUUAUGUUUCUCAAGACUUUUACAAAGACAUGGACAUUGCCAAAUUGAAAGGAGAGGAAAAUACUGUAAUGGUAGAUUAUGUUUUGCCAGACUUCAGCACAAUCAAAAAAGGAUUUUGUAAGCCAAGGGAAGAGAUGGUGUUAAGUGGAAAAUACAAGACUGGUGAACAAAUACUUCGUCUAACAAAUGAAAGAUUUGCAGUUCCAGAAAUACUUUUCCAUCCUUCGGAUAUUGGUAUUCAAGAGAUGGGAAUUCCUGAAGCCAUUGUUUAUUCUAUUCAGAAUUUACCUGAAGAAAUGCAGCCUCAUUUCUUCAAGAACAUAGUUCUGACUGGGGGAAACACCCUUUUUCCAGGCUUCAGAGAUCGGGUUUAUUCUGAAGUUAGAUGUCUUACUCCAACUGACUAUGAUGUUUCCGUUGUUCUUCCUGAAAACCCUAUCACUUAUUCUUGGGAAGGUGGGAAGCUCAUUUCUGAAAAUGAUGAUUUUGAAGACAUGAUAGUAACUAGAGAAGACUAUGAAGAACAUGGACACAAUAUCUGUGAAGAAAAAUUUGAUAUAUAGGUAGCAUAGUUGGAUAUGAUGUUAUUCCAUUGAUUUACUUAGAAUGGAAUUCUUUGAACUACAACCUCUUUUCCAUCAGUUAGGAUUGUGUUUUAGCUUUCCUGUAUUAAAUUGGGUUGAGAAAAAAUAAUUUUAGGAGUUUAGAAAUUAAGUUUUACAAGCGUAAUACUAUGAAAUAAUAUGUUCAUUGUAAUUUCAUUAUGUUUGUAUCUUUUCUGAUAGCUUCAUUGUAUUUUUAUUGCAGAACACCUCAGUGCAUGAGGCAAUAAAAAUAUCAAGUGCUUGUA